UGUUUCAAAGUAACUUUUCCGCAAACACUCUGCACAAGUCCACACACACGCAAAGAGACACAACCAGAUCUACUCUAUCCCAACUUCAUUUUUUAUUUUUCUAGAGAUAGAAAGACAAAGAGGAGGUCAUAGGCAUUUACCGCGCGUGCUGAUGGAUGAGAAGUUGAUACAGCGAUUGGAGUCCGCCGUGUCAAGGCUGGAGGCGCUUUCAGUCGGCGGCGGUGUUUCACUUGGAGAUGGAGAAGCUGCGGCGGCUUUAGAUCCAUCCAUUAUUGCAUUUGAUGAUCUGAGGUCACGGUUCGUCGGUAGAGUUUGCACUGCUGCAGAGAAGAUUGGUGGACAGGUUUUGGAUGUCACUAAGAUUGUUGAGGAGGCUUUUGAAGCUCAGAGAGAACUUCUUAUCAAAAUCAAGGAAACUCAGAAACCUAGCAUGUCUGGUUUGGCUGAAUUUCUUAAGCCUCUGAAUGAUGUGAUAGUGAAAGGUACUAAAAUGACAGAAGGACGGCGAUCUGAUUUGUUCAACCACCUGAAGGCUGCUGUUGAUAGUCUAACAGCCCUGGCAUGGAUCGCAUACACUGGAAAAGAUUGUGGUAUGAGUAUGCCUAUUGCACAUGUGGAAGAAAGCUGGCAGAUGGCAGAGUUUUACAAUAACAAGGUCCUUGUGGAGUUCAGAAACAAAGACCCAGAUCAUGUUGAAUGGGCAAAAGCUUUGAAAGAGAUUUAUCUCCCUGGCUUGCGGGAUUACGUUAAGAGUCACUACCCAUUGGGCCCCGCGUGGAGUGCUACAGGGAAAGUAGCUGUAUCUGCACCACCAAAAGCUCCCGCACCAAGUCGUCCCAUGCCUCCUCCACUGCCACCAGCUUCUUUAUUCAGCUCGGAAUCUCCCCAGGCUUCAUCAUCACGCCCCAAGAAAGGGAUGUCAGCUGUUUUUGAUGAAAUUAAUUCGGGGAAGCCAGUCACCGGUGGAUUGAGAAAGGUGACAGAUGAUAUGAAGACAAAGAAUCGUGCAGAUAGAACCGGUGUCAUUAGUGCAGGAGAAAAGGAACGUCGCGUUAGCUCACCAUCUUUCUCCAAAGCUGGACCUCCAAAACUGGAGCUUCAGAUGGGUCGUAAAUGGGUGGUUGAGAAUCAAAUAGGAAGAAAGAAUCUAGUCAUUGAUGAUUGUGAUGCAAAGCAAUCUGUCUAUAUUUUUGGGUGCAAAGAUUCAGUCCUGCAGAUCCAAGGGAAAGUCAACAACAUAACAAUUGAUAAGUGUACUAAAAUGGGAGUUGUAUUCUCGGAUGUUGUGGCAGCUUGUGAGGUUGUCAACUGUAAUGGUGUGGAGGUUCAAUGUCAGGGUUCAGCACCGACUAUUUCAGUUGAUAAUACAACUGGAUGCCAAUUAUACUUGAGCAAAGAUUCUUUGGGGACUUCCAUUACAACAGCCAAGUCAAGUGAAAUUAAUGUUUUGGUUCCUGGUGCAGGGGCUGAUAGUGAUUGGGGGGAGCACGCUUUGCCACAGCAGUUUUCUCAUGUAUAUAAGAGUGGCCAAUUUGUGACUACACCCGUCUCACAUUCAGGAGGUUAACCGGUGACAAUCUCCACCUUCGUAUGCCUUUUCUUACUAUAUACCAAUUUGAUUUUUCUAGAAGAGCUCAAAGGGUGGUUGAUUAUUUUCUUUGUUGAGUGUAAGUUAUGUUCUGAUCAUUGUAUCUUUUGCCUUUUGUCCACAUCCUAUGGUGGCUAUUUUUUCCAAGAUGAGACUCUGUGACCUUUUCCUGUGGUCACACGUCUGGCUUUUUUUCUUCGUUUUUUUAAAAAAAAAUUAUUUUGUAUGAAGAGCUUGAUUUUUGUAAGGUAUAAAUUUUCUUGGCAGAUA